UUUGCUGACCAAAGCCCUCCCUGCACACGUGGGUGAUGUUCCCAGACAGCCUCAUCAGGCAGUAAUCAGCUCCUUGGCUUGGUUGGCAACAGCUCAUCACUUCUGAGAAACUUCACCAUCCUCAGAGGUGUGGAGAAAAGAUGUGGACAAGUCCCAUGGAGCUCAAGUGGCUUUUGAUGUGGGUCUUGUUUGGAUUCAUCAAGGGGAAGAAGACAGGUAUUUGCCCACGUCUUCCAAGGCCUGAAUUUGCUGAUGUUACUGCUGAAAUGUAUCCACCACAGACCAAACUGUACUAUGAGUGUGACCCUGGCUAUGACAGAGAAGCUGGUGCAUACCUAGGAAUUCAGUGUAAGAGCAAACAGCAGGGUGCUGUUUGGGAAUACCAACUAUUUAAAUGCUUUGAUGAGAAAGAUUUGUUGUCGGUGGCUCCCACGAUGGAGUUAGAACUUACACAGAAGCCAGAAAGAGAACCAAGGAGCCCUGCAGCCCAGAAGCAACAAGACCUUUCAGAGUCCAAACAAAAAGAUUUCUGUGGUCCUCCCAAGACUGUUCCACAUGCCUCCAUAAGUCUGCCCCAAAAGCAUUACGUGGGACAAGUCUUACAUUUCAAAUGCCAGACAGGUUAUGAUAAAAGACCCCCCACCUUUGGCAGCAGAAUGUGCAAGGAGGUGAACGGCAAAAUCGUCUGGACCCCCCUUGAUAUGAGAUGCACCAAUGACAGCAACCAGUGGCCACCACAGACCAUUGGGCCAGGUUUGACUCUUCUGUCCUCUUUCCCUAUUUCCUCAGGGACACUGCCAGUGACGGGUUUUACAGCUAUCUGGUUUGUUCUGCUUAUGAUUCCCACUGCCUUUGUGUGAUUCACCAAGCAGACAAUAAGGGAAGACUUCUCAGGGAAUUGUGGCAUUCAGAUGCAAACUUGUGAAAUUAAUGACUUGCCACAGAAGAAACCAGAAUGUACCACUGACCCCAAGGCCAGCAGUGGCAAACGAGGAGGAGGCCUGGACACUCAAAUCCAACGUGUGAAGGAGGCAGAAGAUGUUACAGCUUAACUCUUAUGGGGACAGCAUGACUUUCCACCUACAGAGUGCUGGUAGGAGGACUGCACCCCAUCACUGACAGAUGGGAAAGGAGCCCUGCCUAAAACUACUUCCCAAACCCACUUCUCCUCCUCCUACCAUGCAGCAGACGUAUUUCUAAUAUAACUGCAGCCCCUCCCAAACCACCAGGAGUGCAUAUGGACCAUUCUCCCAAGCACAUGAGAUGGUGCCACCAUCAUUUCAGCCCACACACCACCCUCCCCACACCCAGAGCAGCUUUGCUGGACACCUGAUGUCCCCCUGCCUCUUCCCCACCCAUGUGGGUCAGGCACAAUUUUCUCCUCAAAUUGUUCCCCUUGGAAAUGAAACCCCUUCACCCCCUGCAUUGCAGCUGAAAAUCUGACUGUACUCCUUUAUGGUUCACUAUAUCCAUGCAUUCCUCAUCACUCCCCUCCUCCCAAUUAUUUUGGAUUUGUGCCUUCCAUGACAGUUCCUACAUCAUUCCUCCAGCUCAGACAAGGAUGGUGCAGAUCAUGGCAGCUGAUUAAUUUGACAGCUCCUUUCAUAGCUGCAGAGCAUGACAGAGCCCAGUGCAGAGGCAUCUGAGGGCAGGCUCAAGCACAUAUAAUCCUUGACAUGUUCUUGUAUUGUUGGGAAUUUGCAAGGUCUGGAUAUUCUUCUUCCUCUUUUUAGCCAUGCUUAUCUGGGUAAGAUGGGCUUCACCUGGCUGAAUGCAAGUAUCUGUGUCUGAGGAAGGCAGUGGGGAGGAACAAGUCCCUUUAGAGAGCAGUUUAUGUCUAUAUUGCCUAGA